CGACGUCGCCGUGCGUUGUGACGUCGCCGCGCCGCCCUGAGAGGAGCCUGUGUGAGUGUCUAUGUGGGGGUCUCUUUGGCCGGAGGAGGAGGAGGAGGAGGAAGAGCGGGCCGCGGCGUGGCGGGGAUCUGAAGCUGCCUGAUAAAGCGGAGGAAUCGCAAGGAACCCAGAGAGACCCAGCUUUUUGCAACCGUGAGGCCUGCCUUUCCAUGCCAUCCUGUUUGCCUGCUAACAGGGAGACCAGCGUUUUGGUGUGUGCCCUUCUGCAAAACCCCAAGACUUGAAGUUGAAAACAUGUGAGGGGUUUCCCCGCCCCUGCGCUUCCCUUGACUCUUGCUGUGGGCAAAUUGUCACGAAGCCCUGAGACACCAGGCACCAUGAUGUUCCGGGACCAGGUGGGCAUCCUGACGGGGUGGUUCAAAGGCUGGAACGAAUGCGAGCAGACGGUGGCCCUGCUCUCCCUCCUCAAGCGCAUCUCUCGCACCCAAGCCCGCUUUCUGCAGCUGUGCCUGGAGCACUCACUGGCAGACUGCACCGAGAUCCACGUCCUGGAGUCCGAGGCCAACAACGCAGCUGUCAUCAGCCAGUGGCACCAGGAGCCAAAGGAAAAAGUGGUUUCCCUGCUCCUCUCCCACCUGCCCCUUCUCCAGCCGGGCAAUGCAGACGCCAAGUCGGAGUACAUGAAGCUCUUGCAGAAGGUGCUGGCCUACUCCAUCGAGAGCAACGGCUUCAUCGAGGAGAGCAGGCAGCUCCUCUCCUACGCCCUCAUCCACCCGGCGACCACGCUGGACGACCGCAACUCCCUGGCCCUCUGGCUCAACCACCUCGAGGAGCAUUUCUCUGGCAGCUACUCCAGCCAAGGCCGGGGGCGGCCCGACACGGCCUAUCACUCGCGCCAAGGCUCCGAUGAAUGGCCGGGGCCGGCAGACACGGGCCUGGGAGAGCUGGGGCACGGCUGGCAGGAGAAGCCGCCCAGGGAAAACGGACACAUGUCCUUCCACCCUUCGGGCUCCGUGCCGUCGGCCAUCAACAGUAUCGGGAGCAGCACAAACACAGCAUUCCCCUGCCAAAUCCACCCCAGCCCCCUGAAGCGCUCCAUGUCCCUCAUCCCCACCAGCCAGCAGGUCCCCGGCGAGUGGAUGAGCGUGGAGGAGAUGGGUGCCCGGCCGGCCUUCAUCUCUGGCGGAGAGCACGCACCCCUCUCGCCCCAGAGCAGCGUGGCCUCUUCCGGCAGCGAACAGACGGAGGAGCAGCCCGGGAGUCGCAAUACCUUCCAGGAGGACGGCAGUGGCAUGAAAGAUGUCCCUUCCUGGCUGAAGAGCCUUCGCCUCCACAAAUAUGCAGCCCUCUUCUCCCAAAUGACUUAUGAAGAAAUGAUGACACUCACAGAGCAGCAUCUGGAAUCUCAGAACGUGACCAAAGGAGCAAGGCACAAAAUUGCCCUGAGUAUCCAGAAGUUGCGAGAAAGGCAGAGUGUGUUGAAGUCUCUGGAGAAGGACAUCCUGGAAGGCGGGAACUUGUGGAAUGCUCUCCAAGAACUGCAGCAGAUCGUCAUCACCCCCAUCAAAGCCUUCCAUGCCCUGCAGGCCACGGCAGCAUCCAAGGAGGGCCCGCCGCUGGCAGCGGAACAGCCGCAUGGGGCCCCGGCCCUGGGCCUGGAGAAGAGUGGGGGCCCCGAGGACAAGGAGCCGACCCCAGAUGCCUUCCCACCCGCCACGGGCUCCCCUUGCGACGGGGAGUCGGGCGCCGCGCCUAUCGCCGAAGGGGACAUCCCUGGGCAAUUCACCCGGGUGAUGGGCAAAGUGUGUACGCAGUUGCUGGUCUCCCGGCCUGAUGAGGAGAACAUCACCAGUUACCUACAGCUGAUAGAGAAAUGCCUGAUGCAUGAGGCGUUCACAGAGACACAGAAGAAGCGGCUCUUGUCUUGGAAGCAGCAGGUGCUGAAGUUGCUCCGGACCUUUCCCAGGAAGGCUGUGCUGGACAUGCAAGGCUACCGCCCGCAGAAGGGAUGGGCCUUCGGUUCCAACUCCCUCCCCAUAGCUGGCUCUGUGGGGGUCGGGGUGGCCCGCCGAGGACAGCGGCAGUUCCAGAUGCCCCCCCGCGCCAUCCCUCCCAGCCGCUUGGGGAUCCUGAGCCCCGCAGGGAUCGGAGGGGUCUCCCCCCGCCACGGACUCGCCAGCCCCAACCUGGGGAGCCAAGGACGGCAGAACCUGUGGUUUGCCAACCCCGGGGGCAGUAACAGCAUGCCCGGCCAGAGCCGCAGUUCCGUGCAGCGGACCCAUUCGCUCCCCGUCCACACCUCCCCUCAGGCCAUCCUCAUGUUCCCGCAGGAUUGCCAGCUCCCUGGGACGGACCUGGAGAUCAACCCCACGCUGGAGUCCCUGUGCCUCAGCAUGACGGAGCAUGCGCUGGGCGACGGCACCGACAAGACCUCCACCAUUUGAACGAAGAAGCUGGAUCUGCUCGCGUUCCCGAGGAGAAGCUUUAGGGUGGCUGUUUAUUUUUUUCCUCCCCCCAUUUUCCUUUCAUUUCCCCUUCUGCCCCCAGGACACAUCGCUUGGGGCUGGGCUGGGCGAACCCACUUCUUCUUCUCCUCUCUCUCUCUCUCUCUUUUUGCCUCCUUCCUUUCUUUCAAACCACCUCCAGUCUUUCCCUCGCAGACGGAGGGGACAAAAAGCUGUCACUACAAUCUUACCAUCUUAUUAUUGUGUUCUAAUAUUUUUCUACUUUUUAUUAUUAUUAUUAUUAUUAUUGUUAUUAUUAUAACUUCAGCUAUUGGUUUAAUAUUUCGAUGUACACGGGAGCUGACAGAUAUUUUUUUGUUUUGUUUUGUUUUCUCUCGCUUUUUCCCCCCCAAAACUUGCCAAGGGGCAGGAGAAGGCUGAAUUUGGGCCGUGUAAUUAUUCCCUUCCCCUGUCCAUUUUGUUUAUUAUUAUUAUUUCUUCCUUCCCUCCGCCUUCUGUGACCCCAACCCACCUUUUUAUUUACUUUCCCCCCUUUUAUUAUUCCUUUGUAAUAAGGGGAUACGAUAUGCAGAAGACGGAGAGAUUUGUCCUCGAUGGCAAAGUCGUAAUGAGAGAAACUAGCUUUACCAGGCUGGGCAUUGGAGGAGAAAAAUGGUGGGGAAGGGAUGACGACGAUGAUGAUGAUGAUAAUAAUAAGAAUAAUAAUAAGGUGGGGGACGCAGCAAGUUGUACAGGUAACUGACAAAUUAUUUUUUAAGAAGUGCCUCGAAAUAUUUCUUCUUACCCAAAGCAAGUUGGCAGGACACAAACAGAGCGGGUGCCCAAGCGUUAACGCGAACCGUGUCGAGUCUCCUUCGUUUCUUAUUUUUAGGAGAGCAAACGCAAACGGGGUCUGCAACGCAAAGAUACGGGCCUUCCAAACUUUCCCCUAUUAAUAAGAAUUAGUGAGACUCUUAACUCUUGAUUCGCGAGAGAGGAGAGGAGUUGUCCGUAUUGUUUCAUUGACGCAGUUCGAACGGGUGAUGUUUUCUUUUCGUCGGGCUCCGUUUUGGGGUUUCGGGAGCCAAAGUUCUCAGUUGAGCUGGUUUAAGAUUCUUUUUUUUUCCCUAUUCGCCCCAAUAAUGAAAAGAUGGGGUGGUUUUUCGAUGACUCAAGUCAUGAAUUUCCAAGAGGUAUAUUUUUAAAGGGUCUGUCUUAACCGAGAUUGGGGUUUGCCGAGCCAGCAAAGCAUUGCGGAAACAUCCAAAAUGUCCUUUUCGUUGUGCAGACGGCGGUUCCUUUAAGCUUCGUGGUGCUAAUGAAUUAACCGUCGCACUCUUAAUACCCCGAAUAAAGAGGGAAGCUAAAGCAACGGUCCCCAAAGUUCCCCAAAGUUCGGCCUUGCGAGUGUUUUGGACUCCCAAACGCCGGCCAAUCUGGAAUCCAAAAACACCCAGAAGGACCGGGAAGCUAACGCAAUGGUCCCCAAAGUUCAGCCUUGCGAGUGUUUUGGUUUCCCAAAUGCUGGCCAAUCUGGAAUCCCAAAAACACCCAGAAGCUUACGCAACGGUCCCCAAAGUUCCCCAAAGUUUGGCCUUGCGAGUGUUUUGGACUCCCAAACGCYGGGCAAUCUGGAAUCCAAAAACACCCAGAAGGACCAGGAAGCUAACGCAAUGGUCCCCAAAGUUCCCCAAAGUUCGGCCUUGCGAGUGUUUUGGACUCCCAAAUGCCGGCCAAUCUGGAAUCCAAAAACACCCAGAAGGACCGGGAAGCUAACGCAACGGUCCCCAAAGUUCCCCAAAGUUCGGCCUUGCGAGUGUUUUGGACUCCAAACGCCGGGCAAUCUGGAAUCCAAAAACRCCCAGAAGGACCGGGAAGCUAACGCAACGGUCCCCAAAGUUCGGCCUUGCGAGUGKUUUGGACUCCCAAAYGCCGGCCAAUCUGGAAUCCAAAAACACCCAGAAGGACCGGACUUUGGGAAACGCUGAUCUUUGGAGGCGAAGCGAUCCUACAAACCCCGUUGCCUUUUGAUAUGCGGGGAAAGGGGGGGACGACCUUGCCCCCAAAGUUAUGGAUCCGUACAAGUGAACAUGAGUCGGAGUCGCUUUUUCGUAAACGAAACACUACAAAAGGAGCCCUUUGAAACGCUUGCCUCCAUCGUCGUAUUUCCUCCGAAUCCUGUCUUUUUUUU